AAGGUAUUUAACUUUCAAACGUACAAGUUUUAUGCUUUGGGAGACUAUGUAUCUACAAUCUGCCAGUAUGGCACGUCUGAUUUGUACAGUACCGAGCCGGGUGAACUUGAACACCGUUCUCCCAAGACCAGAUACUGUCGUACUGAUCGCAACACAUUCGUCAAACAACUCACUCAGAUAGAACAUCGCCAGACUCAUAUUCGUUGUAUCAGGGACAGAAUUGUUCCUCGCCCUCACCUCGAAAUCGCAGAGAUAGCGAGAAGACCACAUGUUCAUCACCACAUCAGUCUCACACAAAAAUUCCCUGUACAUAUAGGAUCAUACUUGUGUGACCAUGCAGGUGAUCCAGCAAUCACCAAUUUUGUGCUGAAACUGAAGGAUCAUAUAUUGCACCGAUUCAACCAAUCCAGAGAUCUUCCAGGUACUGGAGAAGAGACCAACAUCAAUUCCAUUAUUUUGAAGGAUGAUCGCAUGUAUCACCACAACACCGCUAGGUUCAAUUAUACCACGUACAAUGUUCGCAGAUCUCAAGAUGUUGUUAACCCCAGAACUCCCCGUUGCAAUAUCAUGGUUCUUCGUGCUGACCACAAUGUUGGGCGCCAAGGUCACAGAUAUAUCUAUGGAAAGGUACUUUGUAUAUACCACAUGAACGUGAUCUUCAUAGGAAACAGUAUGGUCGACUACACUCCUCUCCGAACAGAGUUUUUAUGGGUAUGCUGGUACACUCCUAUUGAUGAUCUCGCCACCUGGAAAACCUCGAUGCUAGAUUGUCUCUGCUUUCCACGCAUGGCAGAUGACUUCUCAUUUGACUUUCUUGAUCCAGCGGAUGUACUUACGGGCUGUCAUAUUAUACCAUCAUUCGCCAAUGGUAAGAAACAUCCCAAUGGUUUGGAGGUUUCGGCAUGUGCGGGCAACAAGGAUGAUUGGUGCCAAUAUUAUGUUAAUCGGUUUGUCAACCGGGACAUGCUCAUGCACUUCCACUUUGGUCUUGGAGUGGGUCAU